CACGGUCCUUAUAAAUUUCAACUUUUCCCAACCAAUCAAUUUAUAACUCACCCUAACCAAACACAACACUUAUUAUCAGUUCUGUUGUUUUCUUUAUCAUCAUUCCUGAUAGCAUGGCUUCAUCACCAUUAUUAUUCACAGUGAGGAGGUUUCAACCAGAGUUGGUGCUUCCGGCUGCACCCACUCCUCGUGAAGUUAAACUACUAUCUGACAUAGAUGAUCAACAAGGCUUACGUUUUAAUAUUCCUCUCAUAUUUAUCUAUCGCUACGAACCAUCAAUGGCAGGAAGAGAUCCGGUUGAAGUUCUUAGAAAUGCACUCUCAAAAACACUUGUUUAUUACUAUCCACUUGCGGGAAGGAUUAAAGAGGGGGUUGGACGCAAGUUGAUGGUUGAUUGUACUGGUGAAGGUGUCAUGUUCGUUGGAGCUGAAGCUGAUGUAACACUUGAUCAAUUUGGUGACUCUCUCCAACCACCAUUCCCUUGCUUCCAAGAGCUUCUAUAUGAUGUUACCGGCUCUGAACUAAUUAUUGACCGUCCUAUUCGACUCAUACAGGUGACACGUCUCAGUUGCGGUGGUUUCAUAGUGGUAAUUAGUUGGAAUCAUACAAGUGGUGAUGCAGCUGGUUUGAAACAGUUCAUGAAUGCUUGGGCAGAAAUAGCUCGAGGAACACAUCAACCUUCGAUUCAACCUGUGUGGCAUAGAGAGCUUCUAAUGGCAAGAGAUCCACCACACAUUACAUGUAGCCAUCGUGAAUACAAACAAAUACUUCAAUCAAACAAUACCAUCAAAGAAGAAGAAACUACUACUACCAUAGUCCAUCAGUCUUUUUUCUUUAAACCUUCAGACAUAGCUAGAAUUCGUCUCUUGGUUCCAUUUCACCUUAGCCAAUGUACCACAUUCGAUCUUAUCACUGCAUGUUUUUGGUACUGUCGCACAAAAGCAUUGCAGUUAAAGCCUGAAGAAGAAGUAAGAAUGAUGGUGAUCGCCAAUGCGCGUUCAAGGUUUAGUGCUAAACAUUCUUCAUUUGUCGGGUAUUACGGUAAUUGUUUUGCAUUUCCUGCGGCCCUCACCACAGCAGGGAAGCUUUGUGGAAACUCACUAGGUUAUGCAUUAGAGUUGAUAAGAAAAGUAAAAGAUGAAGUUACAGAGGAAUACAUACAAUCUGUAGCAGAUUUUAUGGUUAUUAACGAAAGGUGUUUAUUUACAACUGUAAAUUCUUGUAUUAUUUCAGAUUUGACUCGAGCUAAAUUUAGAGAAGUGAAUUUUGGAUGGGGUGAAGGGGUGUAUGGUGGAGUUGCUAAAGGUGGGGCUGGACCUUUUCCAGGUAUAACUUAUAUUGUUCCACAUAAGAAUGCAAAAGGAGAAGAAUGUAUGAUGUUACCAAUUUGUUUGCCCUCUAAAGUAAUGAAGAGGUUUGCUAAGGAGUUAGAUGAGAUUCUUCAUAGCCAAAAUUAUCCUACCACAAGUGUUUCCAGUUUUGUCAAGUCUACCUUAUAGUUGGUGUUUUUCUUGAAGAACGAUUCUUCUUUUAAUGGUGGUUUUCUAAGGAGAGAACUCUCGCAUGUUUCUCCUUCUUUGGGGUGGUGUUUUAUUGCUUUGAAUUUUUUCUCUUUGUAUUGCUUGACAUUUUGCCUGAUUUUAUAUGUUUAUUUUCGAGUGUUUCCUUUUUGUACUUUUUAUAUAUGUUAUUUAUUGUUUUUA